AACUUUUAGCUGAUUUUAGAUCUAUUUUUCCUUUGGCGUUCUUGUAUUGGUUCAUCGUAUGUGAUUGACGACGAGUAGUUGUUAUGGCUGAAGCAUUUGUGUCGUUUGGAGUUGAGAAGCUUUGGGAUCUCCUGAGUCGAGAAUCUGAGCGAUUGCAGGGUAUUGAUGAGCAAGUUGAUGGACUAAAGCGUCAGCUGGGAAGGUUACAGUCGUUGUUGAAAGAUGCAGAUGCCAAGAAACAUGGAAGUGAAAGGGUGAGAAACUUCUUGGAAGAUGUCACAGACCUUGUUUAUGAUGCUGAGGAUAUACUUGAAUCCUAUGUUCUGAACAAAAGUAGAGGAAAAGAAAAAGGGAUCAAGAAGCAUGUGAGAAGACUUGCUUGCUUCUUAACGGAUCGCCGCAAAGUUGCUUCAGAUAUCGAAGGAAUCACUAAGAGGAUCUCUGAGGUGAUUGGGGAUAUGCAGAGUUUAGGGAUACAACAGGUCAUUGAUGGUGGUCGUUCGAUGUCUCUUCAGGACAGACAAAGGGAGCAGAGGGAGAUCCGACAAACCUACGCUAAGAGUCCUGAACACGAUCUUGUUGGGGUGGAGCAGAGUGUUGAAGAAUUGGUUGGUCAUUUGGUGGAGAAUGAUAAACAUCAAGUGGUUUCUAUAUCUGGGAUGGGCGGUAUUGGUAAAACGACUUUGGCCAGACAAGUUUUUCAUCAUGACAUUGUCCGACGUCAUUUUGAUGGAUUCGCAUGGGUCUGUGUUUCGCAACAGUUUACGCAGAAAGAUGUUUGGCAGAGGAUCUUGCAAGAACUUCAGCCACACGAUGGUGAAAUUUUGCAGAUGGACGAAUAUGCACUUCAGCGUAAACUCUUUCAGUUGUUGGAAACCGGUAGAUAUUUGGUUGUCCUCGACGAUGUAUGGAAAAAAGAAGACUGGGAUCGAAUAAAAGCAGUGUUUCCGCAGCAAAGAGGUUGGAAGAUGCUGCUUACUUCUCGGAAUGAAGGUGUUGGGAUACAUGCUGAUCCAACAUGUUUUACUUUUAAAGCAAAAAUCCUGAAUCCUGAUGAAAGUUGGAAGCUCUUUGAGAGAAUAGUAUUCGCUAGGAGAGAUGAAACUGAAGUAAGGCUUGGUGAAGAAAUGGAAGCCAUGGGAAAGGAAAUGGUCAAACAUUGUGGAGGACUACCAUUAGCUGUUAAAGUGUUGGGAGGCUUGUUAGUUAAUAAACAUACAGUUCAUGAGUGGAAAAGAGUUUCUGACAAUAUCGGAGAUCAAAUCGUAGGAAAAUUGUGCUUAGAUGACAACAGUCUCAAUUCGGUUAACCGAAUAUUGUCUCUGAGUUAUGAAGAUUUGCCAACGCAUUUAAAGCAUUGCUUCCUUUAUCUAGCCCAUUACCCCGAAGAUUACAAGAUAUAUAUGUGGAAUUUGUUCAAUUACUGGGCUGCAGAAGGAAUUUGUUAUGGAUCAACCAUCAGACAUAGUGGAGAAGACUACCUACAAGAGCUAGUGAGGAGAAAUUUGGUUAUUGCUGAAAAAAACAAUUUGAGUUGGAGAUUUGAAUAUUGUCAAAUGCAUGACAUGAUGAGAGAAGUAUGUUUAUCAAAAGCCAAAGAAGAGAACUUCCUACAAAUUAUCAAAGUCCCUACUUCCACCUCUAGCAUCAAUGCUCAAUCUCCUAGUAGAUCUCGCAGACUCACCAUACGUAGUGGUAAAGCCUUUCAUAUACUGGGACACAAAAACAAUAAAAAAGUCAGAUCUCUUAUAGUUUUGGGACUCGAGGAAGACUUUUGGAUACAGUCAGCUUCAGUCUUCCAAAAUUUACCAUUUCUCAGGGUGUUGGAUCUUUCUGAGGUGAAAUUUAAAGGAGGGAAGUUACCUUCUAGUAUUGGAGGGCUCAUCCACUUGAGAUUCUUGAGCUUAUACGAUGCUGGGGUAUCUCAUCUACCUUCUUCUAUGCGGAAUUUAAAGCUUCUCCUCUAUUUAGACUUAAGUGUUGCUAUUGGGGAACCAGUUCAUGUGCCAAAUGUUUUGAAAGAGAUGCUAGAGUUGAGGAACCUUGUCCUACCUCAUAAGAUGCAUGAUAAAACCAAGUUGGAAUUGGGUGAUCUAGUGAACCUAGAGCACUUGUGGUUUUUCUCAACGCAACACAGUAGUGUGACAGACCUCCUCCGUAUGACCAAGCUCAGGUCUCUCUCUGUAUCUUUGAGCGAAAGGUGUACUUUUAAAACCCUAUCGUCAUCUCUCCGUGAAUUGCGAAACCUCGAGACGCUUCAUUUCUUUUCUACGAGCAAAACCAUUAUGGUUGAUUAUGUGGGAAAGUUCGAUCUGGAUUUUGUUCAUCUAAAAGAGUUAGGAUUGGCAGUACGUAUGUCAAAGAUUCCUGAUCAACAUCAAUUCCCUCCCCACCUUGAACACAUAUCUCUAUUUCUUUGCCGCAUUGAGGAGGAUCCAAUGCCGAUUCUAGAAAAGUUGCUUCAUUUGAAGUCGGUUAAAUUAGGAUCUGACGCUUUCGUUGGGAGGAAAAUGUUGUGCUCAAAAGGUGGAUUUCCUCAAUUACGUGCUCUAGAAAUAUAUGAAGAAUUAGAGUUGGAAGAGUGGAUAGUGGAAGAAGGGUCGAUGCCAUGUCUUCGUACUUUAAAUAUACUUGAUUGCAAAAAGUUGAAGGAACUUCCUGAUGGACUCAAGUACAUGACAUCCUUAAAGGAACUGAAGAUUAGAGGAAUGAAGAGGGAGUGGAAUGAGAAAUUGAUACCAGGUGGAGAAGAUUACUACAAAGUCCAACACAUUCCCGAUGUUCAAUUUAUCAACUGUGACGAUGAAUAAGGAAUAACCAGUAGCAGGUAAAAAUAAAAAUGAUGCAGGAAAGAAAAAGAAGCUAGCUUUGAAAGAUUCAUCUGCUGAUCAACAGGUUUUCGCGAAGAAUCUCUGGAAUUGCUUAUGAAGAAUACAGAUUCUGAAGUACUACGGAUUACGUUGCCAGUCUUGGAGCAUCGUUAUGUUGUGGCUCAGAACUAUAUUAGAGAAAAUAAUGCUUUUAUUGAUGUUUGUUUUCGAUGUGGAUGUAUGGAACAUGCUUGAGAACUCUUUCACAAAAUGGAGAAACGAACCUUGGUUUUACUGUAAAAAGUAAAAACUGGAUAUUUUAUGUUAAUAAGAAUUGUGUUUUGUUUUCUC